GGCUUCCUGCACUGGCCAUGCCUGUGCCCACUGAGGGCACCCCACCACCCCUGAGUGGCACCCCUGUCCCAGUCCCUGCCUACUUCCGCCAUGCAGAGCCUGGCUUCUCUCUCAAGAGGCCCAGGGGACUUAGCCGGAGCCUUCCCCCACGGCCCCCUGCCAAGGGCAGCAUCCCUGUCAGCCGUCUCUUCCCUCCUCGGACCUUGGGCUGGCACCAGCCCCAGCCUCGGAGAGUGUCAUUCCGGGAUGAGGCCUCAGAGCUCCUGCAGAGCCCUGGGUAUGACCCACACAGGCCAGAGUCGUUCUUCCAGCAGAGCUUCCAGAGGCUUAGCCGCCUGGGCCACGGCUCCUUUGGAGAGGUCUUCAAGGUGCGCUCCAAGGAAGACGGCCAGCUCUAUGCAGUCAAGCGGUCCAUGUCGCCAUUUCGGGGCCCUAAGGACCGGGCCCGCAAACUGGCUGAGGUAUGCGGCCAUGAGAAGGUGGGGCAGCACCCACACUGCGUGCGACUGGAGCAGGCCUGGGAGGAGGGCGGUAUCCUGUACUUGCAGACAGAGCUGUGCGGGCCCAGCCUUCAGCAACAUUCUGAGGCCUGGGGCACCAGCCUGCCAGAGACCCAAGUCUGGGGCUACCUGCGGGACACCCUACUAGCUUUGGCCCACCUGCAUGGGCAAGGCCUGGUCCACCUUGAUGUCAAGCCAGCCAACAUCUUCUUGGGGCCCCGUGGCCGCUGCAAGCUGGGUGACUUUGGGCUGCUGGUGGAGCUGGGUACUGCUGGAGCUGGUGAGGCCCAGGAGGGAGAUCCCCGCUACAUGGCUCCCGAGCUGCUGCAGGGCUCCUACGGGACAGCAGCAGACAUAUUCAGUCUGGGUCUCACCAUCCUUGAAGUAGCCUGCAACAUGGAACUACCCCAUGGUGGGGAGGGCUGGCAGCAGCUGCGCCAGGGCUACCUGCCCCCUGAGUUCACUGCUGGUCUUUCUGCUGAACUACGUUCUGUCCUUGUCAUGAUGCUGGAGCCUGACCCCCAGCUGCGGGCCACAGCUGAGGCUCUGCUGGCCCUGCCCAUGCUGAGGCAGCCACGGCCUUGGAGUGUCCUGUGGUACAUGGCUGCCGAGGCCCUGAGUCGAGGCUGGGCCCUGUGGCAGGCCCUGCUCACCCUGCUGUGCUGGCUCUGGCAUGGCCUGGCUCACCCUGCCAGCUGGCUGCAGCCCCCAGGUCCACCAGCUACCCCACCUGGCUCACCACCCUGCAGCCCACUCCUGGACAGCAGUCACUCUAGCAGCUGGGAUGAUGACAGCAUAGGGCCCUCACUCUCCCCAGAGGCCAUCCUGGGCCCAGCCACCAGGAGCACCUCCACACCCCAGGGCAGGUACACACUGAGGAAUGCCCUAGACCUGAGUGACAUGGACUCAGAGGCUCCUAGAGGUUCCUGCCCCUCUUUUGAGCCUCGGAACCUCCUCAGCCUAUUUGAGGACUCGCUAGACCCAGUCUGAACCACAGGCCCAACUUUGGUGCUUUUAACCUUGGAACCCUUUUCUUGUCCCUCCCUUGGGAAGGUGGGAUCUGUCUGGGAACUCCUGUGUCUAAUAAAAAGUAUUUGAAUCUUGGGAGUACCCAAGCUUGCUCGAGUAGCAA